AUGACCAACCAAUGGUCCUUCGAGAAGGUCACCUUGCCUCCAAUAUCGAGCAUCACUAGCUUUGAAGAGUCUUGGAGUUCCCCAACACACAAUUCUGACCCUAUGAAACAGCUCCAGAGGACCAACAGCGCAGGCAGUGCGACCACCAUCUCCACGGCGAUUCCCACCACUCCUCAACACCUCCUCCCACAGAGUCAAGUGUACCAUCCCCAGCCGCAAUUGCACCGAAUGGAGUCACAACCACGCAUAUCACCCCCUCUGAUGAGCCUACAGGCCAGCACACAACAGUCCCCUCGGUUGCACUCACAACAAAUCAACACGCAGCAGCACAUGAUGCCGCUGAACCCACAGAUGCGCUCGCCGCUCGCAUUCAACACUCACCAGAUGGUUCCCGUUUCAAAUCAAGCCAACAGCCCCAGAAAUGAUCCUUCUCAAUUGCCCCCACAACAACAGCAACAGCAAUUACAACUGAUAGCCAUUGACCCACGGUUCCCCGUCCAGUACCACCCCCACCAGGGCCAUCCUCAGGGCCACCCCGUUGCCCUGAGCCAUCCUCACCAUCCCAUGGAAAUUCCACUUUACUAUCCCCCACCUGACAUGUACGUACCCUAUGGGCAGCAGUACCUGCCGCGCGAGCUCGGGUUUCCCGAAAGACGCCCAGUUGUGAGGCGCAGGACCAGGACUGGCUGCCUGACCUGCCGCAAGAGAAGAGUCAAGUGCGACGAGCGCAAACCGUUUUGCUACAACUGUGAGCGUAGUAGAAAAGUGUGCUCAGGAUAUGAGAAUCCGGCCUUUGUGAAAUUUAAGUCUAAACGAGGCAAAAAAGACGACAGCAAUUCGACUUCUUCAAUUGAUUCUAUAGCCAAUUCGAACGAUGGCAGUGAAAACAACAGCUUCACGGCGAGUCCGGAGAACACAAAUGUGGAGCCCAGAAUAGAUUCUGACAAAAAAGAACGUGAAAAUGCUCAGGCAGGUUCCGGUUCGAGUUCAAAUACAAAAGUCCAGGACGUCAAGGAAGCAGAUACAGGUAUCAGCGAUCGCCAAGCCGAUCCUGGACAACAUUUACCCCCAAAAGUUGGAUUUCUGGUCAAUUGA